AUGCUACCGUCGGCGAGGCCACUGCUCGCCGCCACCGCCGUCCUCUGUUUCUGGCUGCUGGUGGCCGUGGCGGAGGCCAAGGUGCACUACUACGAGUGGGACAUCUCGUGUCAGCUAAAGUCCCCCGACUGCUUCGAGAAGCUCGCCGUGACCGUCAACGGCGAGGCUCCCGGCCCGACCAUCCGCGCCACGCUGGGCGACACCAUCGUCGUCGCUGUCCACAACAAGCCCGAGACCGAGAACACCGCCAUCCACUGGCACGGCAUCCGCCAGAUUGGCACGCCGUGGGCUGACGGCGUCGCCGGCGUGACGCAGUGCCCCAUCCUGCCCGGCGAAACAUUCACCUACAAAUUCGUCGUCGACAGGGUAAGCAACAUACACUAUACAUUGCAAGAUUUGUUGUUUUACUUUGUCAACGCUGAAUUCUCAUCUGUGAAUGUGUUUGUGUUCUUUCAGCCUGGCACGUACCUGUACCAUGCGCACUAUGGGAUGCAGCGCGUGGCGGGGCUCAACGGCAUGAUUGUGGUCACCGUGCCGGACGGCUUCGUCGAGCCCUUUUCUUACGACGAGGAGCACACCGUCCUCCUCGGCGACUGGUGGCACAAGAGCGUCUACGAGCAGGCCACAGGCCUCUCCUCCAACCCCUUCGUCUUCGUCACCGAGCCCCAGUCUCUCCUCAUCGACGGCCGAGGAAUGUUCAACUGCUCGCUCGCUCCCAGUGGAACGUGCAACGCCUCCCUCCCCGACUGCGCUCUGCCGACUCUCUUCACCGCCGUGCCGGGAAAGACAUACCUCCUCCGCAUCGGUAGCCUCACCUCGCUCUCCUCGCUCUACUUCGAGAUGGAGGGCCACCCGAUGAUGGUGGUGGAGGCCGACGGGCACUACGUGCGGCCGUUCGCCGUGAGGGGCCUCUUCAUCUACUCCGGCGAGACGUACUCCGUGCUGGUCAAGGCCGACCAGGACCCGCGGCGAAACUACUGGGCUGCGUCCCACGUCGUCGGCCGCAACCCCAGCCAGACACCCAGCGGCAAGGCCUUCGUCAGCUACGCCUUCAACGGCAACAACCCGUGGAUGCCUCCGCCCACGGCGCCACCGGCUGGCCCGGCAUGGAACAACACGGCUAUCAGGGUGGAGCAGAGCAGGGCCAUCUUCGCGCACCCACGCUUCGUAGAGCCCAUGCCGGCGAGGGCCGACCGCACGCUGCUCCUCCUCAACACCCAGAACCGGAUCGAUGGCCACAUCAAGUGGACCAUCAAUGGCGUGUCGCUCAUGUUCCCGGCCACGCCGUACCUCGUGGCGAUGAAACGCGGCAUGAAAGACGCGUACGAGCAACGCCCGCCGCCCGACAUGUACGACCACAUGAGCCACGACAUCUCCGCGCCGGCGCCGACGAACGGGACCGUGGGCAGCCCGGUGUACCGGCUGGCGCUCGGCUCCGUGGUGGACGUGGUGCUGCAGAACUCCAACAUGCUCAACAACAAGAGCGAGACGCACCCGUGGCAUCUCCAUGGGCACGACUUCUGGGUGCUCGGCCACGGCGAAGGUAAGUUCAACCCGGCCGCGGACGCCUGGAGGCUGCUCAACGUGAGAGAUCCGAUCAUGAAGAACACGGUGCCGCUGCACCCGGAUGGGUGGACGGCGGUGCGGUUCCGGGCGGACAACCCGGGGGUGUGGCUGUUCCACUGCCACGUGGAGGCGCAUGUGUUCAUGGGCAUGGGUGUGGUCUUCGAGGAGGGCGUCGAGAGGGUCGGCCGGCUGCCGUCGUCCAUCAUGGGCUGCGGACGAUCCAAGGGGCUGCACUGA